AGUUAUUAGGCGGCGCGGGGCGGCCGGCAUGGAGCUCCCGGAGGCGCGGCUGAGAGCGGCGCGCAGCGGCACGGCGGCCGAGGCGGCCGCAGCAGCCACUGGAGCAGCCCCGACUCCUUUCAGCUCCCGCUGUCUCCUCCGAGUCUCCGGGCCCUAGACGCCUCUUCCCCGCGCGUGCUCCUCUCCUAAUGGAUUCACUGGAGACUGGACAGAUGCUGAGCUUGCCCGCCGAGCUCGGCAGCAACAACUUAGUGCUGAUGGACCCGGCGGCAUCAGCAGCCCGCGUAAACACGGGCCCCCACCCGGAAGUGGCUACAGGGGGCGCAGCACCGCACCCGACGCAGAAGCAGACUCCACGGGCCUCGACGCCAGAGUGCAAAGUCCUGCUCUCCCAAGCUGACGCCUUGGCGUCCAGGGGGCGCCUCCGGGAAGCCCUCGAAGUGUACAGACAGCUCUCGGAGCGGCGACAGCUGGCAGUUGAGCAGCUCGAGCAGCUGGUGCGCUGCCUGGCGAAGAACGUCUCCUUGGGCGAGGGGCUGGCGCCUGCGUCCCCGGACGGCGGCGGCGUGGCGGGCUGCGCGAUGGCGGCUGAAGAGCCAGGGACGGCCGCAGCCACUGAGAUGUGGGACGGCUUCGAGUGCCGGAAGUGCCAUGGAUUUCUAUCAGACCCCGUGUCCUUGUCGUGCGGCCACACCUUUUGUAAACUGUGCCUGGAACGCGGGCGGGCGGCCGACCGGCGCUGCGCACUGUGCGGGGUCAAGCUCUCCGCGUGGAUGGUGGCCACAGGGCGGGCACGAGGGACCCGGUGGGCUGGGCCGCAGUCGCCACCGCCGCUGCGGGUCAACGUGGUGCUCAGCGGCCUCCUGGGCAAGUUGUUCCCGGGCCCGGCACGGGCGUCGCAACUCCGGCACGAAGGCAACCGGCUGUACCGCGAGCGCCAGGUGGAGGCGGCGCUGAUCAAGUACAACGAAGCGGUUCGACUAGCUCCGAAUGACCACUUGCUUUAUAGCAACCGGUCGCAAAUUUAUUUCACCUUGGAAUCUCAUGAGGAUGCACUACAUGAUGCAGAAAUAGCUUGUAAACUCCGCCCAACAGGUUUUAAGCCACACUUCCGAAAAGCACAAGCCUUAGCCACCCUAGGCAAGGUGGAGGAAGCACUAAAAGAGUUUCUAUAUUGUGUAUCUCUCGAUGGCAAGAACAAGAAAGCAAGAUUUGAAGCCCAAAGGCUUUUCUUUAGUUUGUUUUCACCAUCAGUCCCGGGGGAUUCUCAGGAACAUAUUCUCGAUAUCCUGAAGCUGUUGGCAUCUCACCCUAGAUUAAAGGAACACGUAGAGUCAAUGGCUACUGAAGGCACCAGCCAUAAUCUACCAAAGUUGUCACAGGAAAAUCCGGCACUCCCUCAUUGUUUUAGUCAGGAGGAAGCAGCCGCUAGGCCAGCUCAAGUAAAGGUGAAUGGUCCACAAGACCAAGAAGAAGGAGAGGAGGAGAAGAGGGACGCUGCUUCUGCAGAGGGUGACUCCACCAAGACUGGAAAGUGCCAGAAAAAGAAAAGGAAACAUUGUCAAAUUGAACCCCAAAGCCUGGACAUGCCUAAUAAAGCUUCCAAGCAAGGUCCUCCCACUGAUGAGGGGGCCAAACCUGCCCUCAAUAUUCCAUUUGCAUCUUUUGACGCAUCUGACCUUGAAUGCUCAGUGUGUAUGAGAUUAUUCUAUGAGCCAGUUACAACACCUUGUGGGCAUACCUUUUGCUUAAAAUGCCUUGAAAGAUGCCUAGAUCACAACACAAAGUGUCCACUGUGCAAAGAUGGUCUUUUACAGUGCUUGGCAUCAAGAAAAUACAGCAAAACUGUAAUAAUGGAAGAGCUAAUAGCUAAAUUCCUUCCUGAAGAACUCAAUGAACGAAGGAGGCUCUAUGAAGAAGAAAUGGAAGAACUUUCUAACUUAAAUAAGAAUGUGCCUAUUUUCGUGUGUACUAUGGCCUAUCCCACCGUUCCUUGUCCCCUGCACAUCUUUGAGCCUUGUUACCGUCUGAUGAUUCGUAGAUGCAUUGAGACAGGCACAAGACAGUUCGGCAUGUGCCUUGGAGAUCCUGUUAAAGGAUUUGCAGAAUAUGGCUGCAUCCUAGAGAUUAGAAAUGUUCAAUUCUUUGCUGAUGGCCGCUCAGUGGUUGACAGCAUAGGCAAGAGGCGCUUCAAGGUGCUCCAUCAGGGUCAGCGGGAUGGUUACAACACGGCUGACAUUGAAUACAUUGAAGACCAAAAGGUUCAGGGAGAAGAUUAUGCUGAGCUGAUGACAUUACAUAACUGUGUAUAUGAGCAAGCAUCAUUGUGGUUUCAUUCACUCAAGUCAUCUCUGAAGAAUCGGAUACUCCAUCACUUUGGUCCAAUGCCAGAGAAAGAUACUGAUCCCCAGAUUAAUCCAAAUGGUCCAGCUUGGUGCUGGUGGAUAUUAGCGGUUCUCCCAUUGGAAAGCCGAGCGCAGCUCCCAUUCCUAGCGAUGAGAUCCUUAAAGGAUAGACUGAAUGGUAUUCGGCGAGUCCUGGCUUUUAUAUCCCGAACUCAAAACUAGUAAAAGUGGAUUGUGGAAGAGGAGCACCCACCCUCCCCACUACCCCAGGGGAGUUGUCUUGUAAAUGUAUAUAAUUGCAAUAACAUCUUUCCAGAAGGGAAUAUCAAACAGAGGUAUUACCCCGCUGUUGUUCACAGGGAUAAAUUGAGCAGAAAGACCAAAAGUAUGUGAUCUGUUUGACAGUUGAUGACUCAAGAUGUUUUUGACAUGCCACACUACUACAUGGACAGCUGAGGUGUUUAAGAGCCUGGGAAAAUUUUUUUUCCGUAAAAUUUUCUGAAAGUUUGAAGUGAUUUAGCUUGAAUUUUCUUUCUUUCAUAGAUGAAUGACUGUGUGGUUGAAAUGUGAAGAAAAGAUACUAAUAAUGUUGCUGCAUUAUUUCACUGACUUGAGGUCUCAUUCCAAAUGGGUCAGGUUUUAUACAGCAUUGUAUCAAAUAAUUUUCAGCCUUCGGUUUUAGUAAUUUAUUUUUUGCACUACUGUAUCCUUUUUUCUAUACAUGUAUGUUUGUAACUAUUUAAGUGUCCAUUACUGAAAAGUCAGUUGCUUUAUUUAUUGGUGUGGUUUACUGUGGACAAAUGACUGGGGGGUGGGGGAGAAGUAACAAUACUAGAAAUGUGCAGUUCUUGUUUUAACCAUUUUUUACUGCAUUUGAUCCCAGUUCUGGGACCAUGUUUCUGUCUGUCCAAUUGAAUGUUUAAAGGAAGUUCAGAAUUCUGCUGAGAUUAUCAUCUAUCCUCACAGAUUCCUUUUCUUUUUUUUUUCCAGUUUGAGUUCAACAAUAUAAGCUACUUAUAGGAUUUUGGCGUAUAGAUUGUGGAAUGGGCCAAAGUAAAGUAAGAUACUUGAUUUUUCUGUGUGUUAUACAGAACGAGACUGAAGGAAUUAGUUUUCUGGACUGAAGAGCUGAAUCAAAGGAGUAUCUUUUAUUGUAAUAUAUUUAUAAGCAUCUAUUUCAGCGACCUAAUUAUAAGUGUAUUUCCUUUUUCCUAAUGCAGUUAAGAAUGGAGUUUUAGGCAGGAUAAUACUUAACCCUUCAGAGGGCAUGGCGUCCGGUUUGGUACAUCACAGCCUUGCCCAAGUAGCCUCCAUACCCUACCUCUUCUCAGGGUUCUGAGUAUGAAGACCUGGGCUACCAUGAGGGGAAACACUUUUUAUGAAGGACUGUUUGGAUUUAAAACUCUAAAGCCAGAUAGGAUAGAACCCUUUACAAAUCUUUUUAAAGGAACCAGGCAGUUAAUAACAUUAUUUUGUCUAAACGCUGCCUUUUCUCCUGGUUGCAAGGAGCCAAAGAUUUCAGUAUAGGGAAAAAAUAGAGGGUAAGGAGGUAAGAGUAAGCACUUAUUUAACUUUCUUAUUGCAAGUUUGAUUCCUUAAGUGUUAGGAGAACCGGAAAAAUACUAGGAGUGUGGGAAUGUUAUCUUGACAGAGUGAAAAGACCAGGGCAGAGAAGAAGUGAAUUGUGCCGUUUGUUAUGUUGGUACAAUUAUCCUCCCCCUAUGUGAUGUUGGACAUCUGCAAUGAUAUUAGUCACUCACAGCCCAUUUGCUGUGUUAAGGUGAGAGGUUAAUGCCUCAAGUAAUCAGUCUGAUUUAUACCAUCACCACCUGGGGCCAGAAACAAAAGUAAGAGUGAGGUAAUUCAGACGAUAUAAAAGAGAUUACAUAAGUAAAAACAAAUGAUCUUUUUCUGAACCCCAAGUUCUUCAUCUAUAAAAUGGUAGUGAGAAAUUCGGCAUAUGGAGUUGCUAUGAACAUUAAAUGAGAUACUAUAUGUAAAUCGCUUAGGACAGUGCCUAGCACAUAGGAAACACUCAACAAAUAAUAGCUGUUAUUAUUCAUAGUUGCAGAAUAUGACCAGGCUCCUGCAUUUCCAUAAAACAUUCCCUUUACAUGCAGUAUCCACUGCUAGCCCCUUUAUACGUGGUUGGGCAAAUGCAGACUACUGAUUUGAUGAUUGAUAUAACUUGAUGAUUGACAGAUAAUUUUUUUUUGGUGGGGGAGGGUCAUGACUGCUUGGGAAAGUGAACAUGCCAGCAAACUUUUCCCAUCUCAGUAAGUCUAAAAAAUAAUUUUAUUUGGAGGUCUAGAAUUUCUGAUAGAGUGGAAUCCUUAAGCUCUAGGUCAAUUAAAAUAGCCAGCUCAUUACUCCCUCCUCUCCAAAAUGUAUAGGUUGACAUUCAUGGCCAUGCCAUGAUGAACGGAUUUUACAACCUAUGACUUUUGUGCCUAGUUCAUGGUAUUUGCUCAAUGCUGUCCAAAAGUAACAGAUUCACCAAAAAUGUAUUGAGAACCUACUGCCUACUAGGUACUAAGCCAAGUGAUUUCACACACAUAACCAAAAAACCAAACCCAGUGCCGUCGAGUCGAUUCCGACUCAUAGCGACCCUAUAGGACAGAGUAGAACUGGCCCAUAGGGUUUCCAAGGAACACCUGGCGGAUUCGAACUGCAGACCUUUUGGUUAGCAGCCGUAGCACUUAACCACUAUGCCACCAGGGUUUCCUUCACACACGUGGGCUCCUUAAAUCAUUUAUUUUUCACACCAACCCUGUGAGAGCAGUUUUUAUUCCCAUAUUAUAGAUGAAAAAACUGAGGCUCCACAAAGUUCAAUACUUCUUGGCCCAGGUAAUAUAGUCAAUCAGUAAGAGGCUAGGCUUGAUCUUGAACCCAUUACUUUGCAGAUUUUUAGUAUUUCUAAAUAGUUUGCAUUACACAGAAUUUUGUUAAACAUGCCAUGGUAAUCAGAUCACCAAGGAAUCCUGGAAGGUCACAAUGAGAAAUUUCAAGUUCAGGAAAAUUCGACGACUCAACACAUCUCUACUAAUCUAAGUAGAAAGGGAGGUUUGAUUUCUUAAUAAAAUUCCACAUCAGAGAAUGCUUCACCUUGGUAAGUGAGUACCCAACUGCAGCCAAUGUAGGUCUUGGCUAGCCGGAAUUGCACUUUACUCUCUCAGUAGCCUAGAUACAUGUUUGGGUUGUUGUAGAGCAAGACUUUGUUUCGGUAGCAGUGUGAGGCAGUAUGCAAGGCUAAGCCUUGGCUUUCUUUGGGAUGUACUUGAAUUGGACAUGAACAUUCUGAACACUUGUAAAUGAGUUCUGCUGCACAGCUUGAAAAGACACAAAGCUAAAUAUAGACCAGAAGGACAAGACUCUCCCCUUGUUAGAUUGUGCUGUUUAUUUGGUUAGUUUUCCUGUUUAUCAUGACUGACCCAGUCUUUUCCUAGUAGGUUAUUUUAUGUAUAUAAAAACCCAGUGCCGUCGAAUCGAUUCUGAUAUGUAUAUAUAUAUGUGUGUAUAUAUAAACCAGGUACCGGGCAGAUAGCAUGCCUUUCUGCUUUGUACCAUACUACUGCUGCUAGCUAAUAACCAGCAAAAUGUAGAAAAUGAAAAACCUAAUUUUCUGUAGGCAACUUGGAGAAAACAGUUUUCCUUUUCCAGAGGCCGACUGCUUCUAGCCCGGUGUUGCCUUAGCAGCAAGGGGCUAGUCAAGUCACCACACUUGCAGCACUUCCAGCUCUGCCUGUGGAUCUGGCCUGAGCUCAGAUAAUCCCCUGUGACUGGCCACUGGAGUGGUGGAGCUCCAAGGCUAGUUCACAGCACCCAGAGGUCUCUUACUGUCAACAGAUAGAGUGCUGUUGAUGGACUGGAAUCCAUUGUGGAGUGCUACCCCACCUCACCUCCAUUUUCAAGAUGGGAGUUUUAUUCAGGGGCUCAUUCCUAGAGUUCCCAACAUGUUGACUUCGCAUCUGUUUCCGUUUACAAAGGCAGAAUCAUGGUAGAGGUGUGUAACGAUGAUGCAAAUGGAAGGUAGCCCAAAUAAUGGCAAAGGGCAGGUUUUCAGCCCAUUCUUUGGCCUGUGGAAGGAGGUUUUGAUGUAUGGUGGAGACAGUUCUGAAAUGCAGCCAACUGUAUAGGUUCCAAUUUAUGCCCCUUCCUGAGUUUAGCAAAAAGGAAGGAAAAAGAGCCAUGUAACAUAUACACAUUCAAUUCAUCAUGUACACAUUCAAUUCAUCUUACAAUGAUAGCUCCAACAUAUCACACUGUUCAACUGUUAAAAUAGUCUGGGUUACACACAUCCAGAGCUUAAAUGAAGAAAUAUUUGCUUACAAAUGAGUGUUUCCAAACACGCUCACUAAGUUAACUUUCAGAGAGAAGUGCCUGUAAUCUCUGUUCCUGGUUGUCAUUUUAAAGCUUUCGCUCCAUGACUCUGUAGCCAUUUAAAGAUUUUUUGCAGCAAAUGUGAUUAACUGAAGUUUACAAAGCAACGCUGUAGCUUAUGCAUCAUUUUACAAGUUGAUUAGCAGUUAUUGUCAGCGCAACAACAGUAAACAACAAAAAGAGAAAAUAGGUCGAUGUGGCAUCAUAGGCUUAUCUUAGGUAAACUAGUUUCAUCAUUUUAUGCAGGUUCUCAGUAAUGCCAGGAUUAAAAUAUCAAGUAAGCCAUUUAAACAGCGGCAAAUGUGUAUGUGUUUGUUAUUGUAUUUGUUUGUUAAGCAGCCAUUUUACUCUUGCACUGUAAUGAAUUGAAGGGGAAUUAAGAAAAUGCUCCCCCCAUAUUGCUCUUCAACUACCUCUAUAUGCUUGAUUUCUUUUUAGAAUUUCCCUUCAUCAAAAUCUGUACAAAAAAAGUUUCAGCUCAUCUAUGUUGUAAUAACAACGUGAUAUAGACAGUCUCUGUGAAAAGUCAUUUGUCCAUUAAAAGAGUUUCCUGUUGUCUGAUUUUGUAUCUAACAAAACUGUGCUUAUACCUUAGGGCAACCCAGAUAGCUUCGAUGUCAUUUUUUUAAGAAGCUGAAUAGAAAGAAAAGCUAUUGGAAUGUCUGCUUUGUUUUUGUGUCCUAUUGGUUGUAACACAUUUGAUCAGACAAUUCCUUGCAAGGAAAUAGACCUGUGCUCGGACAGCAAGCUCUUCUGUAUGCAAGCACUGAGGCAGGUGUGAACUGAUUAAUGUGACUGGUGUGUUUUGAAAAGCUGACCAUGAACUGAGUGUUUAAAAAAAAACUGAGAAAAGCUUGUGAAAGAAUUAUGUUGAAGGAUUUUUUUUCAAGUAAAUAAUGAGCCCCUAGUUUAUUUGUAAAUCCAAGCAUUCAUAUAUUGAGUUUGCUUAAAGCAAAGCACACUGCCUACUCUGUUUUCUUUGGCAUUAUAAAGUGUUCAUGAAAGCAAAUUACAUGGUUUGUAUUGGUUGUUUUUGGUUUCUGUUAAAUGGUUUCUCAACAAUAUGCUAAAGCUAAGGCCUGAAGCAUGAACCUUCUGAUAGGAAAAUUGGUAAAAGUUGAUUGGGAAAAUGAGUGAUAUGUUAACCAAGCUGACUUCAGCAAGAGAGCUUCAGAAAUACCCCAUCUUCCCUACACUACUGUUUUUCAUCUCAUGACAUUGACGACUUUCUACAAGUUCUGUUUUACCACCGAGGGGGGAAAAAGACAGAAAUGGGGCAAUUAAAAAAAACGGUAGCAAAUUCUACUUGGGCCUGACCUUGUUUUGCGUAACAGGAUCUUUGGGGUAAUUGAGAAAAAUCAGAACUCCUGCCCAACUAGGCCCCAGAGGGAAUUGUUGGCUUUGUUGGAUUUGCCAUUCUGUGCCCAGUCUGCCACUGUCCAGUUCUCACAAGAUAGAGUAUACUUCAGCCAAAGGCACAAUCUUCCAAGAAGUCAUUCUGUCCAGAAUGCCUGUCUCACUUUCUCUGUGGAGAACUGGAUUGGACUGUCUAGAAAGAAACAAGAGGGUCCUAUUUGCAGUUGUUCCCCAGGCCUUGAGCAAAGCCAAAGCCAACACUUUCUGCUUGCUCUCCUCUGAGAUCCAUCCUGGCUCCUUUGAUUUUUGCAGGGCCAAAGAUGCCUCCCUAAAAGGUGCUCUCAGUCACAAAAUGAGAUUUGAGCAGAAGAAGGGAAGAAAAAUGCCCUAAACCCACAGGCUUCCAGAAGUCUAAACUUUUCCCUUCCUCUCUUGUUUUAUGAUUUCUUCACUCCCAGAAGGGGCUGAUUUGAGAUGGGGAGGGUCUGGUGUCAAUCCUCCCUGUAUUGCGUUCUUUCAAAUAAUGCAAAAACUUCCCAGCCAGGCCUGUCUGUGAUCAGCUCGAUGUGGAGCUAUGCCUCGUCAAAAUAGACAAGUGCAGGCUCCAAGGAGCCAUGCCUGUGUAUCUGUGAGCCCAUUUCUCCCACCCUUUUCAGUUUUCUGUUUCUAAUCUCCCUAUUUCAACCUAUGUAUGCCUUGACAGGCCAUCCAUGUUUAGUCUCCGCUUUUUUUUACACGUAUUAGCAAAUGCCAUUGUUGUAUUAGAAAGCCCUGGGCGGGGGUGGGACCCUUUCCUCCAUUUAUGGACGUGCAGACCACCCCCCCCCAAAUUGCACCCCUUCCAGUAAGUCAAUGUCAACAAUUUCUGGAUACACAAGUGCAGCAAAAGUAAGUCUCAGGAUAGCCCACUUGCCCUAAACCCAGUUUUGCUAUAAAAAUCUCUCCAGUUUUAGAGGUACAUUACGGGACUAUUCAAUACAGUCAUGGGAACAGGGGAGAUGACUUCACCUUUGGCCCAUCAGGAUGUCCAUUGUAACUCCUAGCAUGCAACUCUACAUUCUCAGGACCACGUGUUCCUCCCACAAGUCCAAAUGAGCUCUUUCAGAAGAGAAACAGUGGAUAGGGUUGGAGGAGUCUUAGGUCUACAAGUGGAGUUAAGCUUUUCUUCUUAGGGUGGUCUACAGUGAUGAGUUUCUCUUGUAGGGAAGGAAGGAGGGAGGGGGUUAUGGAAAUGGCUAAUCAUGACAACUGAAAACAAAACAAAACAAAACAAAAAAACCCAUUGCCUUCGAGUCAAUUCGGACUCAUAGCAACCCUCUAGGACAGAGUAGAACUUCCCCAUAGGGUUUCCAAGGCUGUAAUCUUUUGGUUAGCAGCUGAGUGCUUAACCACUGCACCACCAGAGUUCCUUAAGGCAACCAAAGUGGUUUCCUUUUCAUCUCUUUGUGGACAGAACAUACAUUCUCUUCCCAUAUUGACUGUGGACUUGAUAACUCAUCCUGAAUGGGGAUGUCACUUAUGCCCAAACCAAGACUCCAGCCCUGGCUUUAGGAAAUACGGGUCAUAUUCUAGAUGACUAAACAAUGGCACAGGGUGGUUAUGUUAUUUGUCUACGGCCAUAUUCCAGUGUGAUUCCAGAGCCCACACUCUUACCCACUAUUACAGGCUGCCCGACAUGAGGUGCCACAAAACAACUGAGGUCCUAGAUACCUUGGGGGAAACUUUCAAUAUUAACGCAGCAAAACCACAGCAACAGCAGCCACCAUUUGCUGAUUGUUAAUUAUGUGCUGGGCACUGUGCUAAGCAUUAUCCAGUCCUGAGGUAGGUGCUGUUAUUACCCAUCUUUACAGAUAAGGAUAUUGUGGAUCAGAAAAAUAAAGUGACCUGUUCAAGGUCAGAAAGGUAGGAAGCAGGGAGACUGGGAAUGGAAUCCAGGAUGUCUGAUGAGUUAGACUCAUGAAGUCUGCCAUUCUCCUCACUUCUUGGGCCUUGAUUCCUGUGUCCUAACAUACUGUUUCUAAUUCUAGUCUCCUAAGUACUUCCUCUUCUGUCUUUGGAGCCCUCCUCCAUGAGGGACUGUCUUUUAAUGACUACAAACUCAGGGGCCCCACAAUUGCCAACACAGUUUGUCCAGCUCACUCUACCCUCUGCCUGCCACUACUUUGAAUAUUCUUGUGUCACUGGAAAAAAAAGAGUGUAGAUUUGGAGACUAAAAAGAUAAAGGAGAAAGUUAGAAUGCUGAAACCCAUAGUCCUAGAGUCAUAUCUAGAGCAGGAUGAAACUUUAGGAGAUCAUUUAUCCCAGCGUCCAGCUUUCAGCUAGGUAAGUGUUAUGGUCCCCAUUUUGCAGAUAAGAGAACUGGUUGAGCAAGUGUUCAAAGUCAUUCCAUGAGUUAGUGACCAAAAUGGGGCAACAGCCUAAUAUUUGAUGCACAUUCUACAUUCUAAAGGGUCGCUGUGAGUCGGAAUCAACUCGACGGCAGUAGUGGGUUGGGUCUACAUUCUAGGGGAAACUCAUGACUGCUCCCUCCUCAGUCCAUGAAUGUUCUGAUGGGGGGCUUCUUGGAGAUGGCGCUUUCAUGGGGAAGAACAAAGAAUUUUUUUAAAGCAGCUGUGGCCUGUUUGGAAAGGCCCCUUUGGGGGACCCGAUUUUCCUCUUUAGGUUGAUUCUCUGUUCUAGGAGCUUUUCUCUUACACAACCUGCUGCUUGGGAAAAACCUCCGCCCCCACACCAUCUACAGAAGCUUGUGUUUGAUGGAUUUGAGGAGUGUUACUUUAGGCUGUGCAAGAGGAAUCCUUGGGAAUCAUGCCUUCUAGCUCAGAUACCCCUCACCCCCAAUCAUUCAGGCAAUUCAUGGAGAGAUUUGGGACCAGUAUCCCAGUAGGAAUAAAGAAUAGCACAUGAAUCAGGUUUUUGGGAUCAUGAUCCAGCAGAGAGAGCUCUGCAACCUACGAUGCUUCCCACUCCAUCCGUCCGUCCGUCCAUCCGCCCACCCGUCCAUCCAUCCAUCCAUCCACAUCCAUGUCAUCAAUCAAAAAUUAAUAAAGUAUAGUGGUUGCGAGCAUGGAUUCUCUGUUUAGGAUAGAAUCUUGCUCCCACCACUUACUACCUAUGUGACUAUAAUGAUAUCACAAUGUCUCUAUACCUCAGUUUCCACAUCUGUAAAAUGGGAGUAAUAAUAGUAAUGACCUCAUGGACCUGUUGUGUGAUGGUUAAAUGAGAUGAUGUUUAUCAAUCUUCGGCUCAUAGCACUCAAUAAGUUCUAGCUAUAAUUAUUAAUCGUAUUUUAGAUGCCAGGCUUCCCCUCAUCAUUUGGAUUUGAGUAAAUAUGGCCCUUUGUGGCAGGCCAUCAAAACAUAUUCAGCCUUGUUUUUCAAAGGGCAGAUAGAUCAUCAAAAGCUUUCCUAUAAUUAAAAAAAAGACAUUUAUUAUCUUGUUUACUAGGAAGACCAGAAGCAAGAGAUUUCGCGGCUAGUUCAAUGAUCCCAUCAAAUGCCUGGUCUCUAUCUUUCCUGAAUGUUUUUUAAACUCCUUAAUGAAACAGCUUCAUAAGGAAAAGAAGGCAGUCAACUCAGUUCCACUUGGAACCAGAUGUCUGAGAAGGAGGCUGUUUGUUGGCUACCAUCUCUACAGGGCCAUAAAUUCACAGAUGAAGGAAUUUUUUAAGUGGGAAAUGGGCCUUCUAGUGCUCAUGCCUAUCUCAAAAUUCAGAUGCGAGGAUGUUCACCAGGCCUGUAGGAACUGCAGGAAAUGAAGGCUCAGCUACAGUGAUAAUUCCUAGUCCAGGCAUUAACAGCUCCAAUUAAUUCACUUAUUAAUGGAACAUACAUUUACAGGACACAUUGGAUACUAGACAUCGGGCUACAGAAAGGAAUACAACACUGCCUUUAAGAGGCUCAGCCUAGGGAAGAAAACACAUUGCACAGCAAAUGAUGGUAGCUCAGAGGAAAGACACCUAAUCUUGUUGUGGCGGGGGGGACGGAUGUUCAGAAAAGAUUUCCUGGAUAAGGUGACGUAGGAACUGAAUCCUGAAGGAUGAGAAGUCUUUGAGCACAAAGAGUGGGGUGUGGUUGAAGAACAUGCCAGGCGGUGAGAGCAACAUGUGAGAAACUCUGAUGGUCCGUAGAGAGAGCAUUGACUAGUCACGUGGGACACUGUGAGCAGAGUACAGGACCCAAGGCAUGGUAGUUCCUGACAGGGAAGCAGGGUCCAGUUUCUCACAAUAUUUUUUUUAAUCCUGAUUGAAACUGCCAGCUAGUCUCAGAUGAGGCCUUAGAGCAGGUUUCUGGGUGAUGGGGAGGGGGCUGGCGUACAAGAGCCCAGCUUGCUGGCCAAGUCAGAGUUCAUUGGGUAGCCACCAUGGGUGUCUUCAACACUGCCCAGUGGAGGACUGAAGUUUGAUGUUGGAUCCAGGAGGUCCCUUAAUGUUUGGACCAGAGGAAGAGAAGUGGGAAUUGAUGGGAUGGGCAUUUCUCUUUCUUCCUUCCUUUCUUUUUUCUCAAUUGUGGUGAAAAUAUACACAACAACAUUCACCAAUUCAACAAUUUCUACAUGUACAAUUCAUGGACGUUAAUUAUAUUCUUCAAGUUGUACAACCAUUCUCGCUAUCCUUUUCUAAAUCAUUCCACCACCAUUAACAUAAAUUCAAUGCUUCCUAAGCAAAAACUCCCCCCUUCAGGAUGGGCAUUUUUUGAGCUGUGAUUGGAGUGCUCAGAAACAGGGAGGCCAGAUGUGGAAGGGAGAAAGGAAGGAGUUGACAUGACUGGAGUAAAGGGUUAUGAUUUAUAAGACCUGGAGGCUUUGGGAAAAUAGACCCAGAUAAAUCUCUUCACCCUGAUCAACCACACACGAACUAGUGUACUGGAUCGUGGCGUGCUGGAGCUGGCUCAUACUGGUUUGUGAAAGCCAAUUGUUAAAAUUUCAGGAAAUUUGCAAGCCUGUUGUUAAAUACAACCAUUAUUGAAAAAAGAAAUUAUAUAAACUUAUGAUUAAAUAAUACAUGUAAAACAAAGCUAAUAAAUAUUCAGAACUUAUCACUUUCUAACUAUUGUACUACAUUCUGCUGUUUUCUAUACACUUGAAAUGAUUUGUGUCUAUUGUAUCUAUAUGGUGAAAAUACUAUAGAAUGGCAUACUGCUGAAUAUCUCUUUCCAACUCCCUGUUCAGUGACGUAAGGUUGGUAGCUUCAAAUCAGCCAUGAUGGAAGUAUUUACACCACACUAGAAAUUAGCUCCCAAUCUCCAGAGAACUGUUUGUUACACUUUACCAGCACAUCUCUUGCCUUUUCCCUUUCUCUCUGUAAGCUCUACCUCCGAUGUCAAUUGCUGUUUCCAGGAAAAAGCAACCCUGAAAACGAAUUCAUGUGGACAUUUAAUGUGCUAGGAGCCCAGCUUUCUGGAUCUGGCUUUUAGAUAAUUAAUUUACAUUUUAGCAGGGUUUUUCUGGAGAUGUUAUGAUGGUGUGAUUAAAAGAUCUUUUUGGACCAGCCUUUUAAGAGGCUGUCGAAAUGUAUAUAAUAGGCAACAAUGUCCUAUGCUUUAGUUUAAGGUCAUCCCUACACACCCAGCUCCUUCAAACCACAAGAAUGAAACUAUUCUCCCUUCUAGGAUUUUGGUGGAAUUAAGCAGUUAAAUCCCUUAUGUUCAUCCCACUAAGGUCAGGACAAAAUGGAGUUAUAGAGCCCCAGCUUAGAGUCUCCACACUAAAGAGGUUUCCUUCACUGCCACUGUUGUUGUUAGCUGCUGCCAAGCUGGCCCCUGACUCUUGGCGACUCCAUGCACAACAGAACAAGAUGCUGCCUGGCCCUGCAUCAUCCCCAUGAUUGGCUGGGGAUUGGAUCGUUGUGAUCCAUGGGGUUUUACUGGCUGAUCACUAGGUCUUUCUUCCUUUCUUCCGAGCCCAUUUUAUCCUAGAAGCUCUGUUGAAACCUGUUCAGCAUCACAACACACAAACCUCCGCUGACAGAUGGGUGUUGGCUGCACAUGAGGUGCAUUGGCAGGGAAUCGAACCAGGGACUCCCACAUGGAAGGUGAGAAUUCUACCACUGAACUACCACUGCCUCAUUGCACUACCACUACACAAGUGUUGGUGUUAGUUGUUAGCUGCCAUGCAGCCGAUUCUGACUCAUGGUGACCCCAUGUGUGCAGAGGAGAACUGCUCCAUAGGAUUUUCAAGUCUGUGACCUUUUGGAAGCAGAUCGCCAGGCCUUUCUCCCAAGGUGCCUCUGGAUGGGUUUGAACUGCCAACCUUUCGGUUAGUACUCC